GGUGACAAGCGCCUGCACAAAGUGCAUUUUUAAUUGAAAUGACUGCCAAUGUAGGAGGCAUUAUCGCUAUUGUCGUAUUCUAUAUGUUAAUCCUGGCCAUUGGACUAUGGGCUGCCUGGAAAACUCACAUAAGGACUAGUAGAUCUGAACUACUGCGACAUGAGGUUAUAAUGGUAGGAAGACGAGACAUAGGCCUUGUCCUUGGAAUGUUUACAAUGACUGCCACUUGGGUUGGUGGAGCUUACAUCAAUGGCACAGCGGAAGGAGUCUAUCUUGCUGGACAUGGCCUUGCAUGGACGCAGGCUCCUAUGGGAUUUGCAUUGAGUCUUACCAUCGGUGGUUUGUUUUUCGCAAAACCAAUGCGUACAAAAAAAUAUGUGACCAUGCUCGACCCAAUUCAGGAAACCUAUGGCAAUUGGAUAGGUAGCUUGUUCUUCAUUCCUGCUGCCAUGGGAGAGCUCUUUUGGACAGGAGCUGUUCUGUCAGCCCUUGGUUCAUCCCUGAGUGUGAUUUUUGAGAUCAAUGUUAACAUAUCAGUUAUUAUCUCUGCUUUGAUAUCAAUUUUUUAUACUUUGAUUGGAGGAUUAUACUCUGUUGCAUACACAGAUAUGGUUCAGCUUGUCUGCAUUGUUGUGGGAAUGUAUGUAAGCUUGCCUUUUGCCAUUACACAUCCUGCUGUGACAGAUAUCAGGAUCACCUCUACCCAUUAUGUUUACCAUGAACCAUGGCUUGGACAAAUCCACGCUAAAAGGGCCUGGAUUUGGAUCGAUAACUAUUGUCUAAUGAUCUUGGGAGGCAUCCCUUGGCAAGCAUAUUUUCAGAGAGUACUGUCUGCUUCCACUGCUGCACAAGCACAAAUAAUAUCCAUCUUGGCUUCUAUCUGCACAGUAGGACUAGCGGUUCCAUCUGUAAUCUUUGGUGCUGUAGGAGCAUCAACUGAUUGGAAUCAGACUUCCUAUGGUCUUCCAGACCCAACAGACAGGAAUCAGACUCAGAUGAUAUUGCCUUUAAUUCUACGGUACCUUUGUCCAAGUUAUAUUGGAUAUUUUGGCCUCGGAGCCAUCUCUGCUGCGGUGAUGUCAUCAGCUGAUUCCUCCAUCCUAUCAGCAAGUUCCAUGUUUACUCGGAAUAUUUAUCAAUUGGCAAUAAGGAAUGAAGCCACGGAUAAUGAACUGGUGUGGGUCAUGAGAGGAGCUAUCAUUUUAUUCGGAGGAUUAGCGGCAGGAAUGACGUGGUUGUCCAGUUCUGUCUAUGGAUUGUGGUAUCUGAGCUCGGAUCUUAUCUUUGUUCUUCUUUUCCCACAACUGUUGUCCGUACUCUUCAUCAAGGGAAGUAAUUCAUACGGCUGCAUCACUGGUUACAUCUUUGGUCUGAUCCUGCGGGUUGGGGGCGGUGAGCCAUACCUGCGCCUACAACCAUUUAUCUGUUAUGCCGGGUGUUAUUUGGAUAUUCAGUUUCCAGGUGGGCCAAUUUACGUUCAAAGAUUUCCAUUCAAAACAAUGUCGAUGUUGUCAUCUUUGCUGAUAAAUUUAACCGUUUCGUAUUUGACCAAAUAUCUUUUCAACAAUGGAAUGUUGCCUCGAAAGCUGGACUUUCUUGAAAAUUUUGUUACCAAGCCUACAACGGAAAAAACAAAUAAAGUAACCCCACUUAACGAUGGUAGCAUUGAUGACGAUGAAGAUAAAUCUUUAGAUGGAGAAACAGAAGAUUCCCUUGAUACUCCCCAGCCAAGUGAAAAACCGGUUACUGAUGAAGUUGCAGAACCAGCAAUUAAAACAGUAGAUAACUGACAAUUCACUCAGUUACAGAUAACUUCAAACAUGGAUAUUGUUACAAAAAUGUAUUACACAUGAUGAAAAUGCCUAGUGGUUUUGGGACGCAAGGAUAUGACAACAAAUAAAACAAAACUCUCUGUAAAACAUUUAAAACCAGUGGACUAAAAAUCCCAAUUGAGUCAAUUAUUAGCAGUUAGCUAUCAUCUGUAAGUUAUUGUUCAGUUUACUUUACAAGACAAUUUUCAUUUAUAUAGCACAUUUAACAUAAGGAAACAUCACAAUGUAUUUCCCAGAAGUAUAAUUAGAUAAAUAAGUAAAUUGAAGCAAGCCACAUUAGGGUAAAUGCUUGAUCCAAUGGUUUUAGCUAACAUCUCUAACACAGACAUGUCUUUAAAAGAAUUGAGUAGUUUAGAAUGGGAAUUAGAGCUUUAAGUCUCCCAAAGUAGCGAAGGAUGUAGAGGUAUGAGACCAAUGUUGGAGGAAAGCAGAGUUCUCAGAAAAUUGCAUUGAUGAAACCUGGUCAGUGAUGAGGCUCUGAUGGAAUUUGAACAUGACCAUGAUAUUUUUAAGAGCAAUGUAUCGCUGGACCAGGAGCCAAAGUGGGUGAGGGAACUCAUGUGUUGUUGAGUGAAUAAAACACUCAAGGAUGCACAGUACAAUGUGGACAGCACCUCUGCUUAAAAUAAUGCAGAGAAGAUCAGAGGCUGACCAGGAGUAGUGAAAUAAUCAGAUCAAAAAGUUACCUAAAUAUACGAUGUAGUAUGCAGGUGUGUGAUAUUAAGAAAAGGAAAUGUGCCGUACUUGCAAUAAAAACAGAUAGCGUUUGGAGCUAGCAACAAGGUCACACACAGUCCAGUUCAGGAAAAGAUUGAUGUCAUUGGAUGCUUAUUUAUGAUUUUUUUUGCCACAUCUACCUUAAUUCAAUAAA